UCUGUCCUUCCGCCAGCGCCGCCGCCGCCGCCGCCGCCGCCAUGAGGGAGAUCGUGCACCUGCAGGCCGGCCAGUGCGGCAACCAGAUCGGCGCCAAGUUCUGGGAGGUGAUCAGCGACGAGCACGGCAUCGAUCCUACUGGCACUUACCAUGGCGACAGCGACUUGCAGCUGGAGCGGAUCAACGUGUACUACAACGAGGCCACCGGCGGCAAGUACGUGCCCCGCGCUGUGCUCGUGGACCUGGAGCCGGGCACCAUGGACUCCGUGCGCUCGGGACCCUUCGGGCAAAUCUUCAGGCCAGACAACUUCGUUUUUGGUCAGAGCGGUGCUGGGAACAACUGGGCCAAGGGGCACUACACGGAAGGCGCGGAGCUGGUCGACUCGGUGUUGGAUGUUGUGAGGAAGGAAGCUGAGAGCUGUGACUGCCUGCAGGGCUUCCAGCUGACCCACUCCCUGGGUGGGGGGACCGGGUCUGGGAUGGGUACCCUCCUCAUCAGCAAGAUCCGGGAGGAGUACCCAGACAGGAUCAUGAACACGUUCAGCGUGGUGCCCUCGCCCAAGGUGUCGGACACGGUGGUGGAGCCUUACAACGCCACCCUCUCGGUCCACCAGCUGGUGGAGAACACGGACGAGACCUACUGCAUCGACAACGAGGCCCUGUACGACAUCUGCUUCCGCACCCUCAAGCUGACCACGCCCACCUACGGCGACCUCAACCACCUGGUGUCGGCCACCAUGAGCGGCGUCACCACCUGCCUGCGCUUCCCGGGCCAGCUCAACGCCGACCUGCGCAAGCUGGCCGUGAACAUGGUGCCCUUCCCCCGCCUGCACUUCUUCAUGCCCGGCUUCGCGCCGCUCACCAGCCGCGGCAGCCAGCAGUACCGCGCGCUCACGGUGCCCGAGCUCACGCAGCAGAUGUUUGACGCCAAGAACAUGAUGGCCGCCUGCGACCCGCGCCACGGCCGCUACCUGACCGUGGCCGCCGUCUUCCGCGGCCGCAUGUCCAUGAAGGAGGUGGACGAGCAGAUGCUCAACGUGCAGAACAAGAACAGCAGCUACUUUGUGGAGUGGAUCCCCAACAACGUGAAGACCGCCGUGUGCGACAUCCCGCCGCGCGGCCUCAAGAUGUCCGCCACCUUCAUCGGCAACAGCACGGCCAUCCAGGAGCUGUUCAAGCGCAUCUCGGAGCAGUUCACCGCCAUGUUCCGGCGCAAGGCCUUCCUGCACUGGUACACGGGCGAGGGCAUGGACGAGAUGGAGUUCACCGAGGCCGAGAGCAACAUGAACGACCUGGUGUCCGAGUACCAGCAGUACCAGGACGCCACGGCCGAGGAGGAGGGCGAGUUCGAGGAGGAGGCCGAGGAGGAGGUGGCCUAGAGCGGUCCCCUGGUGAGCGCGGGGAAGCGGUGUGAACGCUUUAUUCACGCACAGCCUGUUCUCUGUGUGCACUUGCUCUCCCUCCUGUCUUGACGCCACGUUGCUGUCCGGACGCCACCAUUAAAGCAUUUUCAUAGUG